AUGGAACAAAUCAGGACUCAUAUUCAGCCUUUGGCGGAACAGCUCAAGACUCAGAUGCAGCCUUUAGCGGAGCAGCUGAAGACUCAAAUGCAGCCUUUGGCGAAUCAGCUGAAGACUCAAAUUCAACCUUACGCCGAGCAAUUGCUUCAAAAAACUGAAGCUUAUUCUUGGAUUAACUUGCAUCUGCCUUCCGUUCAACAUCCGUUUGGCCUUGAACUAUGGCCCAUCUUUAGCAAGUUGUUUGAGGGAUACGCAGGAUACCCAGCCGAAGAAUUUGACUUCAUUCAUAACAAGACAUUCAUGGCGAAUGGACAUCAUGCUAUCGGCGUGAUAGUCACUUAUUACAUUGUCAUCUUUGGCGGUCAAGCUCUUUUGCGCGCCACCAACGCUUCUCCUUUGAGACUUGGUUUCCUGUUUCAAUUGCACAAUCUGGUGUUAACUUCCGUCUCCUUGUUUCUACUGUUGCUAAUGGUCGAGCAAUUGGUUCCCAUGGUACUUGCAAACGGUAUAUUUUGGUCGAUCUGCUCUAAGCAAGCUUUCGCUCCCAAGUUGGUAACUUUGUACUACCUAAACUACUUGACCAAAUACCUGGAGCUGAUUGACACCGUGUUCUUGAUCUUGAAGCGCAAGAAGCUUUUGUUUUUACACACUUACCAUCAUGGUGCCACUGCUUUGUUGUGCUACACUCAGUUGACCGGCAGGACCUCUGUUGAAUGGGUUCCAAUUUCCUUGAACCUGGGUGUCCAUGUGGUGAUGUACUGGUACUACUUCUUGAGUGCUCGUGGUAUCAGAGUUUGGUGGAAAGAGUGGGUCACUAGAUUCCAAAUCGUCCAAUUUCUGAUCGAUUUGGUUUUCGUUUACUUUGCCACUUACAGUUUCUAUGCUUACGAGUACUUUAACAAGUACCUACCCAACAUGGGUACAUGUUAUGGUACAGAAGAGGCUGCCGCUUACGGUUACUUGAUCUUAACGUCUUACUUGGCGCUGUUCAUCUCUUUCUACAUCCAAAGCUACCGCAGAGGUGUUUCCAAGAAGAAAUCUGCCACUCAUGCUGCCGCCAAAGUCGCUGCUGAAACAUCUAACGCUACUACUACGGGUAAAAGCGUCCACACCACUAAGGCUACCUCCAGAAAAGCCUAA